AUGGCAGGGGUAAUUUUUGUUAUGGUAAAUGUGAGGGGAAUAAGGGAGGGUGUUAAGAGAAGGGCGGUUUUCGGGUAUUUAGAGGGGGUGGGUUUGUUUGUUUUAUACAGGAGGUUCACCUAAGGGAUAGUGGGGAUGUUUUAAGGUUUAGGAGGGAGUGGGACAAGGGAGAGUCGGUGUGGGGCAUAGGGGGGGUUCAUUCAUCGGGGGUGGGGAUUCUGUGUGGGAAUAGGGAGGUGAAGGUGGAGGGCACUUUUGUGGGAAUGCAGGGUAGGGUACUGGGAGCGGAUGUCACGAUAAGGGAGAGUAGCUAUAGGGUUAUUGUGGUGUACGGGCCACAGCUGGCAACGGGCAGGAGGGAGAUGGUGGACUGCCUGGAGCCGCUGUGUGCUACAAAUAGACACUUGGUGAUAGGGGGGGAUUUCAAUGUAGAUAUAGGGAGGGGGAGGGAUAGUAGUGCAGGAGCCGUCGCCGGACUAAUGGCAAGCCAUGGUCUGGUGAAUGGGGGCCUGUACACUGUUCUAGGGGGGUUGAGCGGAGGCUCGACUAUAUUUUCCUAUCUAGGUCUCUGGGUCAGUUGUCUGGGCGCUUGUUGCCUGUGUUCUUUUCGGACCACGACGGGGUGCUCCUGCAGGUGGGGGCACCAGUCUGCCUCUUCGGUAGGGGGUACUGGAAGUUAGAACGGGAGGUGCUGGAUGGGCAGGCUUUUGUAGAUUUUUUUAGGGGGCUUGAAGGCAUCCGGUCCAUGUGUGAGGGGGUGUUAGAGUGGUGGGAAAUAGUGAAGGUGAGGAUGAGGGUUUUUAUAAUAGGACAGUGGAAGAAGAAAAAGAGGGAGGAAAGGAUGGAGGUGGAUCAUAUCCAGAGGCUGCUAGAACUCGAGCUUGAGGCAGGCAACCUCGGCAGGUCGGCAGACUGGGAGAGAUCCGCUGCCCUAAAGGCGCAGCUAAGGGAGGUGCAUGAGCGGAAGGCUCGCGCUUUCUUGAUGCGGGCGCGUAGUGGUUUUAUAGAACACGACGAAACAUGUUCGGCCCGUGUUCUUUAA